UGUUGAUUCAUCAGGCUGCCCAUUGAUCCGCGUGCAUUGACUUGUAUGUAUCGCUCCCCGCGCCGGCGGCUGCUGCUCCUGCCGCUGCCGCCCGAGCGAGCCCCGUGUCUCCCGUCGCGUGGCUGAGCUCCACCAAACAUGUCGGCUCCUGUCGGGCCGCGGGGCGGCCCUGCUCCUCCUCAGCCUCCUCCACCUCAGGCCCCGCAGUCGGAGAUGCCCGACCUCAGCCACCUCACGGAGGAAGAGCGGAAGAUCAUCCUGGCCGUCAUGGAGCGGCAGAAGAAGGAGGAAGAGAAGGAGCAGUCCGUGCUCAAGAAAUUGCAUCAACAAUUUGAAAUGUAUAAGGAGCAGGUGAAGAAGAUGGGUGAAGAAUCACAGCAGCAGCAGGAGCAGAAGAGUGAUGCCCCCACAUGUGGUAUCUGCCACAAAACAAAAUUUGCUGAUGGCUGUGGCCAUAACUGUUCAUAUUGCCAAACUAAAUUCUGUGCUCGUUGCGGAGGAAGAGUGUCUUUACGCUCAAAUAAGGAGGAUAAAGUGGUAAUGUGGGUAUGUAACUUGUGCCGAAAACAACAAGAAAUCCUCACAAAAUCAGGAGCCUGGUUCUACAACAGUGCAUCAAAUACACCACAGCAGCUGGAUCAAGAACGUAUUAGAGGGUUGCGGAACGAGGAAGCACCUCAGGAGAAAAAAGCAAAGCUGCAGGAACAGUCCCAGUACCAAGGACCCUCAGGUGACACAUCCACACCAGCUUUGGACAAAAAUAGACCUCAAGUGCUCACAAGACAAGACUCAAUUAAAAAUGGUUCAGGAGUGAAGCACCAGGUUGCAAGUGACACAACUUCAGACAGGAAAAGAAGCCCAUCAGUAUCAAGAGAUCAGAACAGAAGAUACGACCAAAGGGACGAGAGAGACGAAUAUUCACAGCAUGCUACAUCAGACAGUGCAAUGCCAAGGUCACCAUCAGAUUAUACAGAUAGGCGAUCACAGCGUGGGUCUCAGCUGUAUGAAGAACCUGAACUUGGUGACUACAGAGAUUCUAACAGAAGAAGUCGCAGACAUUCCAAAGAGUAUUCUGUAGAGGAAGAUGAGGUGCAGAACAGAGAGGAAUAUGAGAGGCAGAGGCGAGAAGAGGAGUACCAGGCACGAUACCGAAGUGAUCCUAAUUUGGCUCGUUAUCCUGUCAAACCACAACCAUAUGAGGAACAAAUGCGUAUCCAUGCUGAAGUAUCCCGAGCACGCCAUGAACGAAGACACAGUGAUGUCUCGUUGGCAAACACUGAACUGGAGGAGUCCCGGAUAUCUAUGCUGAGGAUGGAACGACCAUCAAGGCAAAGAUCUAUUUCUGAGCGCAGAGCUGCCAUGGAAAACCAACGUUCAUAUUCUGUGGAAAGAACUCGAGAGGCUCAGGGACCAAGUCCCAAUCGUCAGAGGACAACAAAUCAUAGCCCUCCAACACCUAGGAGGAGUCCAAUUCCUCUCGAUAGGCCAGACAUGAGGCGCACUGAUUCAUUAAGGAAACAGCACCAUUUGGAUCCCAGUUCUGCCGUACGGAAAACUAAACGUGAAAAAAUGGAAACCAUGUUAAGGAAUGAUUCACUCAGCUCAGAUCAAUCUGAGUCAGUCAGGCCUCCACCACCAAAGCCACACAAAACAAAAAAGGGAGGUAAAAUGCGUCAGGUUUCAUUGAGCAGCUCAGAAGAAGAAUUGGCUUCUACUCCAGAAUAUACGAGCUGUGAUGAUGUAGAGAUUGAAAGUGAAAGUGUUAGUGAAAAAGGAGACAUGGAUUACAACUGGGUGGACCAUACGUCUUGGCAUAGCAGUGAGGCAUCCCCAAUGUCUUUGCAUCCUGUGACCUGGCAACCUUCCAAAGAUGGAGACCGUCUAAUUGGACGGAUUUUAUUAAAUAAACGACUAAAAGAUGGAAGCGUGCCUAGAGACUCGGGAGCACUGCUUGGACUGAAGGUUGUAGGAGGAAAGAUGACUGAAACUGGUCGGCUGUGUGCAUUUAUCACCAAAGUGAAAAAAGGAAGUUUAGCUGAUACAGUGGGACAUCUUAGACCAGGUGAUGAAGUGUUGGAAUGGAAUGGAAGGCUAUUGCAAGGAGCCACCUUUGAAGAGGUAUAUAACAUCAUUUUAGAAUCUAAGCCUGAGCCACAAGUGGAGCUUGUCGUUUCAAGGCCAAUUGGGGAUAUUCCCAGAAUACCUGACAGUACACAUGCACAACUGGAGUCCAGUUCUAGUUCAUUUGAAUCUCAAAAAAUGGACCGACCAUCUAUUUCAGUGACUUCUCCCAUGAGUCCUGGCAUGUUGAGGGAUGUUCCACAGUUCUUGUCUGGACAACUUUCAAGCCAAAGCCUUAGUAGAAGAACAACGCCUUUUGUUCCUAGGGUUCAGAUAAAGCUGUGGUAUGACAAGGUUGGUCAUCAGUUGAUAGUCACAAUAUUGGGAGCAAAGGAUCUUCCUUCAAGGGAAGAUGGGAGGCCAAGGAAUCCUUAUGUUAAAAUUUACUUUCUUCCAGACAGAAGUGAUAAAAACAAAAGAAGAACAAAAACAGUAAAGAAAACAUUGGAACCCAAAUGGAACCAAACAUUCAUUUAUUCUCCAGUUCAUCGGAGAGAAUUUCGAGAACGAAUGUUGGAGAUUACACUUUGGGACCAAGCACGAGUUCGUGAGGAAGAAAGUGAAUUUUUAGGAGAGAUUCUUAUUGAGCUAGAGACAGCACUAUUAGACGAUGAACCUCACUGGUACAAACUUCAGACACAUGAUGUUUCCUCAUUGCCACUUCCCCAUCCCUCGCCAUAUUUGCCACGCAGACAGCUACAUGGUGAAAGCCCUACACGGAGGUUACAAAAUAAAGGCUUAUAUUCAUAUAAUUCAGGGUCCAAAAGAAUCAGUGAUAGUGAAGUCUCUGACUAUGACUGUGAUGAUGGAAUUGGUGUAGUUUCAGAUUACCGACAUAAUGGAAGAGAUCUUCAGAGUUCAACGUUAUCAGUGCCAGAACAAGUGAUGUCAUCCAAUCACUGCUCUCGGUCAGGGUCCCCUCACCGUACAGAUAGUAUAGGACGGACUAGAUCUUGGUCUCCCAGUGUCCCUCCUCCACAAAGUAGGAAUGUGGAACAGGGACCUCGAGGGACUCGAUCUACUGCUGCACAUUAUAAUACCAUGAACCGAAUGGAUAGACAUCGUGCAAUAGAUGACCACUACUCCCCAGACAGAGAGAGGAGGACUAGGCAGGAGAGAAGAGUGCCUAAUACAUAUUAUGACGACACUACCCAUACUCCUGAAAGGUGGUACAAUGGUGCAAGUUCAUGGGCAGAUCAUGUAGUCAAUGGUUCAGCUGAAAACUAUAGGAAUUGUGAAGCACCAGAUAGACAGCCAUAUCAAAGAUCCAGAUCAACAGAACAGCGUCCUGUGCUAGAGCGGACCAACUCCCGCUCCCGAUCCACAGAGCGUCCUGACUCAAACCUCAUGAGGUCGAUGCCUUCAUUAAUGACUGGAAGAUCUGCCCCUCCUUCACCUGCCUUAUCGAGGUCACAUCCUCGAACUGGGUCAGUCCAAACAAGCCCAUCAAGUACUCCAGUAGCAGGAAGAAGGGGCAGGCAGUUACCACAGCUCCCACCAAAGGGGACAUUGGAAAGAAAAGAAGCGGAAUCAUCAAGAAGAAGAAACUCAGGUGGUAUGGAUGUAGAAGAAAGAAAUCGUCAAAUGAAAAUAAGCAAGUACAAACAGGCAGCAGGAUCAGACUCCAGGCUGGAGCAAGAUUAUCAUUCUAAGUAUCGGUCAGGACGGGAUCCUCAGCGAGGCUCAGACAAUAUUUCCAAUAAGUCUUCAGACAGUGAUGUCAGUGAUGUGUCAGCUGUAUCAAGGACAAGCAGCGCUUCUCGUUUCAGCAGCACAAGCUACAUGUCUGUCCAAUCAGAACGACUGAGAGGGAACAAGAAAAUAAGUGUCUUUACAUCCAAAAUGCAAAGCAGACAGAUGGGCACCUCAGGAAAGAACAUGACUAAGAGCACCAGCAUCGGCGGGGACAUGUACACGUUAGAGAAGAAUGAUGGCAGCCAGUCUGACACAGCAGUGGGCACUGUGGGCACCAGUGGCAAAAAACGACGCUCCAGCAUCGGCGCAAAGAUGGUAGCGAUUGUGGGUCUGUCACGAAAAAGCCGCAGCACUUCUCAACUCAGCCAAACUGAAGCCGGUGGUAAGAAGCUGCGGAGCACUGUCCAAAGAAGCACAGAGACUGGGCUGGCUGUGGAAAUGAGAAACUGGAUGACACGUCAGGCCAGCCGGGAAUCUACAGAUGGCAGCAUGAACAGCUACAGUUCUGAGGGAAAUCUGAUUUUCCCAGGUGUGCGGUUGGCCUCUGACAGCCAGUUCAGUGAUUUUCUAGAUGGACUUGGCCCUGCCCAGCUAGUAGGACGCCAAACGCUGGCAACACCAUCUAUGGGUGAUAUCCAGGUUGGAAUGAUGGACAAAAAAGGACAGUUGGAGGUAGAAAUAAUACGAGCCCGUGGCCUUGUUGUAAAACCAGGUUCAAAGACACUGCCAGCACCAUAUGUAAAGGUGUAUCUAUUAGAAAAUGGAGCCUGCAUAGCCAAAAAGAAAACAAAGGUAGCAAGAAAAACGCUUGAACCUCUUUAUCAGCAACUUUUGUCAUUUGAAGACAGUCCCCAAGGAAAAGUUUUACAGAUAAUUGUUUGGGGAGACUAUGGACGUAUGGAUCACAAAUCUUUUAUGGGAGUGGCACAGAUACUUUUAGAUGAACUGGACUUGUCAAAUAUGGUGAUUGGAUGGUUCAAACUUUUCCCCCCUUCCUCCUUAGUAGAUCCAACUUUGGCUCCUCUGACUAGAAGAGCUUCCCAGUCAUCUCUUGAAAGUUCAACAGGACCUUCUUAUGCUCGCUCAUAGCAGCUGUGAAACUGUUGUCAUAGCAACCAGCGUUACAAAAAAAAAAUUACAGGUCGCAAACCCUGGUAACACUGCAUGCUUAAUGUUGUGUCUUCUGAGCCUGUUUCUAGGGCUACCAAGCGAUCCUGUGUUCUCAGAGGAAGUUGCACACAUUGUGCACUAAGGAAGGCCCUCAGGUGAAAGAGUGGAGCUGUAAAGAACUAACAGGUUUGGAGUUCAGUGACACUUAAAUUUUGGUCCAAUCUGAAGCCAUGGAUUAAACUAAAAGAAUCAAUGUGUUUCAUGCAACAAAAGUCCUUUUCAAUGGCAUAUCUAUUUUGUUGCUCCCUUUUAACUGCCCCCCCCCCCCAAGCCUGGUUAUGCCACAGAAAUGGAGCUACACCCCUCCCCCAUGAAGCCAUGUUACAAGUGAGUGGAAUAGUAGAUGUCAGAAGAACAACAGAAGAAUGUAAGACCAUCGAAAAAGAAAAGUCAGCUGUCAUAUGGAACAAAGACCAGAGAAAACUCUUCGUACUAGAAUGUUUUAAAAGUUAUAGUGGCAGGCUUCAUAACUCCAGCCAUCGCUACAGUGAAACCCCAGAUAUGAUGGACUCUCUGAAAAAUAAAAUUCUUUGGAUAUACUGUACUGUAUGAAAUUAAAGAAACUUUUUUGCAUGGACACAAAUUUAGCUGAACACUUAAAUUAUUUUCUUGGGGCUGCAACUUGCAAAAAAAGAAUAAAUCAGCCAUUUUCAACAAUUUAUAUUAUUUUUAAAAGUAAAUUUCACUAGUGCAUGGUUUUAAAGGGGAGAGAAUGCAACAGGGUGAUACAACGACACCAUGUUUAUCAUUCUUUAAACCAAUCAUGAUCUGUGUUUUUGCAGACAUAUAUUAAAAAUAAAAGAUGAUAAUUUCUAGCUAAUAUUUAAAAUUCUGUUUAUGUGACAAGAAAUAAGUGUAAUAUAUUAAAUUUAUUUAAAUGUAAAAGGUACAAGCCUUGUAAAGUUCAACAUUAUGUGCAAAUUGUACACUUCUUCCUCCUUUCUCUCUCUUCUGAAUCUUCCUUUGACUCUUUUUCCCCCUCUUAUUUUCCAGGAUGAUCCAUUAUAUCCUAAAACUGCUACCUUUUGACUUAUUACUUUCUUAUGCCCCAUAUUUGGUUCAGGGUUGCAGAUUGUUUUGCAUUUCUGAAUUCUUGGACAAAAAUAUUGUUUAAGAGCUUACUUUUUUCAAGCAUGUUGAAAAGGAUUUUGCAACAUGGCUUGGGAGUUCGUUAAAGUAAUUCAGCAUGUAUUUGAUAAAGAAGAUAUUUGAACUUUUUGCAAUUAAUUGUACAGUGCAUGGUAACUUAUUUUCAUUUUUUUCUCACCUUCAAAUU